GAUUCCAAGUUGCCGCAAGUAUUGGAAAUCCUUAAAGCAACUUGCUGAAAAGGUUCCAAGAGGCAGGGUGUUGGGUGUCUGGGUUUUGGGUUAUCACGUGUCCCUACUCCCCCUACCCUGCCCCCCCCCCCCUCUCUCUCUAGCCCAGAGAAAGGUGGCGAUGGACGCCGAGGCAGAAGUGAACAAAAGGUAAAGCAGAAGAUACUUCAAAAAGGACCUGAAAACCCUGUGUAAAGACUCCGGCCCGGAACAGGGCUCUCUCCGGACCGUCCCGGUGUGCAAGAUUUUCCCAGGACUGAAUAAGAAGUGUGGAAAUAAGCCAUGCAGCAGACUGGAGCAGCUCUCUCGCACUAGCGCGUUCGCUUCACCAACCUUCCGCCGCGACCCGCAGAGAGCGGGAGCUCGGCGCCUCCCCAGCCCCGAGGAAGGAGGGCAGGGGGUCGCCCAGGACAGAGGAGGCAGAGGGACAGAGUCCGCCCCCUUCCCUCGCAGACUCCGGACUCCACGAGGUGCGCGGGAGAAGAGCUCUCCGCCCGCAGCUGCAACAUUUCCACCUACCCCCUUCAGGUGGCCAAGGAUGCCAGUGGGACGGGAGCCCAGAUGGUGAUAGGUCAGGCUGCGAGAGCGCGGAAGCAGUAGUGGAAUGAUCAGCUGCGUUCACUUGGUGUGCUGGGCUGUGCUUGGCGUGGUCUCUCUCUCCGCUGCACGCCCUGCACUCACUCUACCAGGACAAGUGUCCCUGAAGCAGCGGACGGAGGUGGAGCCGUACUCCACGCACCCAGGCGAUUCCCUGGAACUGCGCUGUCGCCUACGGGAGGACAUCCAGAGCAUCGCCUGGACCAAGGACGGGGUGCAGCUGCCCACCAACAACCGCACCCGCAUCACCGCCGAAUACCUGCAGAUCACUGACUCGGUGCGUGAGGAUUCCGGCCGCUACACCUGCAUCACCAGCGGACCGUCCGGCAGCGAGACCUCGCACUUCGCCGUUAACGUCUCCGACGCUGUGUACUCGGUGGAGGAGGAUGAUGAAGACGAGGAUGAUGAUGACGAUGAUGAUGUAGAGACGGACGAUGAUGAAGGGAACGAGUCGGAUGAAAAGAGCACGAAGGAAGCGCGACCCCCAUACUGGGCUCAGCCAGAGAAGAUGGAGAAGAAACUCCAUGCCGUGCCUGCGAUGAAGACGGUGAAGUUCCGGUGCCCAGCGGGCGGUAACCCACCACCUGUUCUCCGCUGGUUGAAGAACGGCAAAGACUUCAAGCCAGAUCACCGGAUCGGAGGAUACAAGGUCCGAUGGCAACACUGGAGUCUCAUCAUGGAGGGAGUUGUACCUUCAGACAAGGCCAAUUAUACUUGCGUGGUGGUCAAUCAAUACGGCAGCAUCAACCACACGUACCAGCUGGAUGUUGUCGAGCGCUCGCCUCACCGGCCGAUCCUGCAGGCCGGCCUCCCCGCCAACAAGACGGUGACGGUGGGCAGUGACGUGGAAUUCGUCUGCAAAGUCUACAGCGACCCCCAGCCCCACAUCCAGUGGCUGAAGCACGUGAAGGUGAACGGCAGCAAGAUGGGCCCCGACGGCUCCCCCUAUGUCCAGGUGCUCAAGCAUUCGGGGAUUAAUAGUUCGGAUGCGGAACUACUGACGCUGUUCAAUGUGACUGAAGCUGACAGCGGAGAGUAUAUUUGUAAAGUUUCCAAUUAUAUUGGUGAGGCCAAUCAGUCAGCGUGGCUCACAGUAACCAGCCCAAACUUGGAAGUAAUGGAGGACAAGCCAUCCACCUUGUCGUCACCGGUUUACCUGGAGAUCAUCAUCUACUGCACGGGGGCCUUCCUAACGUCCUGCAUGGUGGUGACGGCCAUUGUCAUCCGCAUGAAGAGCACAGCCAAGAAGCCUGACUUCAACAGCCAGCUGGCCGUGCACAAACUGGCCAAGAGCAUCCCCCUGCGCAGACAGGUAACAGUGUCCGUGGAUUCCAGCUCCUCCAUGCACUCCGGGGUCCUGUUGGUGCGGACCACCCGCCACUCCUCCAGCGGUACUCCGAUGUUGGCCGGGGUCUCGGAGUACGAGCUGCCUGAAGACCCGCGCUGGGAGUUCCCACGGGACAAGCUGACCUUGGGGAAACCACUCGGCGAAGGCUGCUUUGGGCAGGUGGUGAUGGGAGAAACCGUUGGCAUCGACAAGGAGAAGCCCAGCAAGCCGGUCACUGUGGCCGUCAAAAUGUUGAAAGCCGACGCCACAGAGAAGGAUCUGUCAGACCUCAUCUCAGAGAUGGAGAUGAUGAAGAUGAUCGGGAAACACAAGAACAUCAUUAACCUGCUGGGGGCCUGCACUCAGGAUGGCCCACUCUACGUCAUUGUUGAGUUUGCCUCCAAGGGCAACCUGCGUGAAUACCUGCGUGCCCGGCGCCCACCUGGUAUGGAGUACUGUUACAACCCCACCCAUGUACCCGUUGAACAGCUGUCCUUCAAGGACCUGGUCUCCUGUGCUUACCAGGUAUCCAGGGGUAUGGAGUACCUGGCCUCAAAAAAGUGCAUUCACCGGGAUUUAGCAGCUCGAAAUGUGCUGGUGACGGAAGAAAACGUGAUGAAGAUUGCUGACUUUGGGUUGGCACGAGACAUCCAUCACAUCGAUUACUACAAGAAGACGACAAAUGGCCGUCUCCCUGUGAAGUGGAUGGCCCCAGAGGCUUUGUUCGAUCGGAUCUACACUCACCAGAGUGAUGUCUGGUCUUUUGGGGUGCUGCUGUGGGAGAUCUUCACGCUGGGAGGGUCACCAUACCCCGGCAUUCCCGUGGAAGAGCUCUUCAAACUGCUGAAGGAGGGGCAUCGGAUGGACAAGCCCUCAAACUGCACCCAGGAGCUCUACAUGACGAUGAGAGACUGCUGGCACGUCAUGCCCUCCCAGCGCCCCACCUUCAAGCAACUGGUCGAAGACCUGGACCGGAUUCUGGCCAUGACGUCAAAUCAGGAAUACCUUGACCUGUCGGUGUCUGUGGAUCAGUAUUCCCCCAGCUUCCCUGACACUAGGAGCUCCACCUGCUCUUCUGGAGAGGAUUCGGUCUUCUCCCACGACCCUCUGCCCGAGGAGCCGUGCCUUCCAAAGUACCCAGGGCGUGCCAACGGGGGCCUGAAGAGGAAGCAUUAAAGGACUUUGUCCAGCGGUGUAAGGCUGAGAUCCCUGUGUCCCUGCCCUCGGGGUCCACACCCUGUUCCAGUCCCACAAGACCACCUCUGACCUUCUCAACAGCCUUGGGGUUUACUGGGGCCAAUGCAAGCUCUGACUGGAAGUUGGACAGCAGGAAGCUGUUCCCCGUGGUGAAUGAUCCAAUUAUCCGAGGAAUCAGACUGAAGGAGUGGAGGCAACGUGAUGGGUUGUGGAUGGAAACAGCUCUGCCAGGGAUUGAAUGGGGGAAUUAAUGUGCUGGGCUGUUUGGGGGGAAUGGGACUGAUGGAAUUGGUCUACAACGAGCUGGCAUGGACUUGAUGGGCUGAGAGGCCUCGUGUGCACUGUGAUCUUGAGACUCUGCCCUUUGGCUUUUGAUCCCUUCCCCACGCUGCAUACCCAGCGGGCGUUGGACUCUGCGCUCAGUGGGAACCCAAGGUCCAGCUGGUUCCUAGGGCCAACCCUUGGGCUUCUUCCCCCACUCACCUGAACCACGGCUCCCCGGGUCACAAUGCAAGUAUCUUCAAACUGCUUUACUCUUCCUCUCCUGAGGAUGCUGGGUUUGGCAGGAGACUAGUUGGGGAGAAGACUGGGAGGAGGUUCAAUGCCAGGGCUCAUCGUCAAGGUGAAAGCAUAUCCAAGGUGUGACCCAAUAAAAUGGGGAAUGGGGGCUUCUGGGGAAAGGGUGGAGGUGAUUAGUUUGCACUCUCUUCAAAUGCCAACAUAGGCCAUUUAGGCAGAAUGGCCUUGUCUUCAAUCUCCUAAAUACUCAUUGGCCCAGGACAUGUUAAUUAUCGUGGUCAGACUUCACCAUCCAGUUGGCCAAGUUCUGAAAUUUCCAGAGGAAACAACGGGUCUUCCACUAUCAUUGGAGCAGGGAUGUGGGGAAUGGGGGUGUCCUAGGCCAGGGCUGAUGUCAUCCUAGAUGGCCUCAGUGAGCUGCUGAAAUUUGGAUCAGUAACAAACUUUAGCAAUGGAGCCUGUGCAAUGGAUACGUUUUUCUUUAAUUGCUGGUGGAAUGAGGGCAACUUAUUGCCCAUUCCCAAUUGUCCCAGAGCUGUUAAAAGUCGACCACAUUGGUGGGUCCGGAGUCGCUUGUAGGCUGGAAGUAACCUCCAGGAUGAAUGGGAAACUGGUCUCCACCACCUUCUCCAGAAUCGAGGUCAGGCCCACCUCAGUCGUCAAGCUGCGUGCUCGGGUGGGAGGAGUCCUUUUGAUCUGGUCCAUCACACAGCAGGUGAAUCCCCACGUUGCUGAGCAGCACAUUAAUGGGUCUCCGCCUCAUUGAAAAGAAUGAGUGGUUGAUUGGUGCUCUUCAUGCUUUCCCUUCCAGCCCUCUCACUGACUUGGAAAUACAUCACCAUUUCUUCAUUGUCACUGGGUCUAAAUCCUGGAACUCCCUCCCCAACAACACUGCAGGAGCCCCUUCGCCAGAAGGACUGCAGUGGUUCCAGAGGUGACUCACCAACAUCUUCUUAAGGGCACUUGGAGAUGGGCAAUAAAUGCUUUCCUCGCCAGCGAUGCCCAGAUCAAGUUACUGCAAACAGAUGAAAAACACAGAGCUAAGAACUCACCAGGCCUGAGUUCUGGGCUGGGAAAAGAAUGAUGCCCUACUCUAGACUGGAGACGAGGCUGCAGAUGCUGGAAUCCGGAGCAAAAAGUAAACCGCUAGAAAAGCUCGGCAGGUCGAGCAGCAUCUAUAGAGGCAAAGGGAUCGUCAACAAUUCGGAUCGAGACCCUACAUCAGGACUGGUGCGGGGUCUCAACCCAAAACGUAAACCAACCUUUUGCCUCCCUGGAUGCGGCUUGACCCACUGAGUUCCUCCAGCAGUCUACUCCCUGCUAUUUGAUGCACUAAUCUGUCCUGAGAUGGAAAAACCUCUCCUCGCGGAUGGUGCAAGUACCAUUUCCACCUCAGAGUCUCCCGUGUUCCCUCCCAGCAGCUGUCGAGCUCCUUGAGGUGCUUCUCUGUGGAGGGUGUGUGGGACCCUCACAAGAUAAUGAGAUGAUGCUCUUGUUUCUUGCCAUGGUGUCAGUUCAACUGGCAAGUAGGGUGAGGGUUUGCCAGCAAUUCAUCUCCCAACAGACAUGCACCCAUUGUUGGGGACCUCCUGAGCUUCAGCCAAAAGAGCACUACAUAUUUUGGUAAGAAUUAACAGGAACAACUCCUCAAACUCUGGGCAAAUUUUGCCCUCCCAACCCAUCCAGUGUUGUUCUUUAUGCCCUGAAGUGCAUCUGGUUUCUCACAAAGUCUCCUGUCUUGACUUGGAAGUUGUUCAAAUCGGAUUCACACAGUUAUUGGUAUGGCAACGGGAAUCUCCCCGACAAUUCAGUUGAAAAUAUGGGCAGAGAAAUGGGAGAUGGAGUUUAAUCCAGACACCUGUGAGAUGUUGCACUUUGGGAGGUCAAAUGUAAGAGGAAAGUAUACAGUAAAUGGCAGAAUCCCGAGAGCAUUGAUGUACAGGGGGAUCUUGGAGCUUAAGACCACAACUCCCUGCAAGAG